AUGGCUCAGGUAGCUCUAAAAGGUAAAUUGUCUUGUCAAAUCCUUCUGGCAUUCCGAGUCCUUCCUUCCGACAUUCCAAGUUCUUCCUUCCGACAUUCCAAGUCCUUCCCGACAACUGGAAAAAAAUUUCCCGACAACUGGAAAAAAAAUUCCCGACAACAGGAAAAAUUUUUCCUGUUGUUCGUCCGUAAACCAUUCAAAUUUUCGAAAAUUGAGAACUUUUUGGUCGAACGACAGAAAAAAUUUUUCCUUCAGACAGGAAAAAAAUUUCCCGACAACUGGAAAAAAAUUUCCCGACAACAGGAAAAGUUCUUCCAUCCGACAGGACACAAACGAAUGUCCGACGUUCCUCUUCCUGAAUGUCUUCCAAAGCCAGAAGAACCGACAGCCCCAGCACCACAACAGACUUACUAA